CGCACUUUUCUUUGAGGUGCAGUCAGAGUCAACAACCAUCUCUACGAUGCUGUCCAAGAGCGUGCAACGUCUUUCGCGCGGCUUCUCCUCCAAGUCGUUCCCGGCCUACGUGCUCAACGCCCCGGCGACCGAGGUGACCACGCUCGCCAACGGCCUCCGCGUCGCCUCCGAGGGCGGCCACGGCGAGACGGCCACGGUCGGCGUCUGGAUCGGCGCCGGCUCGCGCUACGAGACCGAGGCCAACAACGGCGCGGCCCACUUCUUGGAGCACAUGGCCUUCAAGGGCACGGCCAAGCGCACGCAGCAGCAGCUCGAGAUGGAAAUCGAAAACAUGGGCGGCCACCUCAACGCGUACACGAGCCGCGAGCAGACGGUCUACUACGCCAAGGUGUUCAAGAAGGACGUGCCGCAGGCGCUCGAUAUCUUGAGCGACAUCUUGCAGAACUCGAAGCUCGACGAAGCGGCCAUUGAGCGUGAACGCGACGUCAUCUUGCGCGAGAUGGAGGAAGUCAACAAGCAGCAGGAAGAAGUCAUCUUUGACCGCCUGCACGAGACGGCCUUUAUGGGCAACGGUCUUGGCCGCACGAUCCUCGGCUCGGAAGAAAACGUCCGCAGCUUGAGCAAGGGCGACUUGCAGGACUACAUUGCCACGCACUACACGGCGCCCCGCAUGGUCGUCGCCGGUGCCGGCGCCGUCGACCACUCGCAGCUCGUCGACCUUGCCCAGAACUGCUUUGGCAACCUCCCGACGGAGCCCCGCGUCGCCCCGACGUUGGAGACGCCCCGCUUUGUCGGCUCGGACAUCCGUCUUCGCGACGAUGACAUGUCGUUGGCCCACGUCGCCAUCGGUUUCGAGGGCUAUGGCUGGACCUCGGAGCACUCGUUCCCGCUCCUCGUCAUGCAGACGUUGCUUGGCAGCUGGGACCGCACCUCGAGCGCUGGCAUGAACAUGUCGUCCAAGCUGGGCCAGGUCGUGGCCGAGCAGGAGUUGGCUCAUUCGUUCAUGUCGUUCAACACGUGCUACCAGGACACGGGUCUCUUUGGCGUGUACGCUGUCGGCGACAAGUACAAGCUCAACGACUUGACGUGGUACAUCAUGGAAGCCAUGGUCCGCCUCGUGCACAAGACGUCGGACGAAGAGGUUGAGCGCGCCAAGACGCAGCUCAAGGCGUCGAUCUUGAUGCAGCUCGACGGCUCGUCGCCGGUCUGCGAAGACAUUGGUCGCCAGCUCUUGGUCUACGGCCGCCGCUUGACGCCCGCCGAGAUCUUUGCGCGCAUCGACGCGGUCGACGCCGCCGCCGUCCGCGCCACGGCCGACCAGGUCAUCAACGACAAGGAGCACGCCCUUGCCGCCGUCGGUCCCAUCCACGAGUUGCCCGACUACAACUUCAUCCGCCGCCGCUCGUACUGGUUGUCGCGUUAAAUAGAGAACUCUAGACUCAAUCGAAAGCGACGUUUGUUGUACAUGU